GGAGGGAGGAAGGGAGGCCCCGGGGGGAUUCGGUGCUGGUGCUGCCGCGGGUGUGGCCGCAGCCGCGUGCUGGGGCUCCGUGGGCUGCUGCGAGCGGCUUCUCCCGGGAGAACCGGGCAAGAUCGGGAGGGGAAAGACUGGGGGGGGCCCUCGAGCGCCGCGCUGCCGCAGCCCGUCCGCCCCGCGCCGGGCUCAGGCGCUGCACUUCCGACCGCGGACUCCGAGAAAACUGGCUCGGUGGCCCGGGACGCUUAUGUUCUGCGGCCCAGCCCGGCCCCGCCCCGCCCCGCCCCCUUCCCGGAGCCGAGGUGGGCCCUUACCCUUACCUAGCUGGCGCCGCGCCCGCGUGCCUCUCCUUCCACGCUCUCCCCUCCCGUGGUGCAGCUGGUCCGGUGCCCAGAUCGCCCCUCGCCUUCCAUCUUUCACUUCUGCAGCUGGGGCGCUCGCACCGCGGCGAUCCUGCGGACGCACUUGCGCCCUGGGCCCGGCGGCCGCGGGCGCGAGCACGCUCGGGCGCCCCGGAGGAUCCCGUGGGAGCACGCGCCUCCAGACCCAGGGACCGACCCGGUCCACUCCAAGAGAUCCCAGUUGUGAUUCCGGCAGCAAGCACAGCUCUCCGCACCUCCGCCCCGCUCCUCGACCCUAAAGAGGCUGGAGACUGCCGGUCGGUCGGCUGCACGUGGCAGGGACCUUCAUUCAUUCAUUCAUCCAAAGGAAGGCGCGGUGGAGGCUCAUGCUAUAAUUGGUGAGGUUCUUUGCAAGACGUGACAGCUAGAUCCCAGCAAAGAAAAAAAGUGAGAAACCACAAAAGAAAAGGAGAUGUCGCCCCCUGCGCAGCAUGCUUCCCGCUGGCCCGCAGCUUGACACACACCGAACGGUCUUUCAGUCUCCCGAGGUCGCCUCCCCAGGCAUGACACAGGGCCUCGCCACACUAUGGCAGCGGCGAGGCACAGUACGCUCGACUUCACGCUCGGUGCCAAAGCUGACGGUGAGGCCAUUUUGAAAGGCCUUCGGUCCACUUUUCAGGAGCAUGGGAUGUCAGAGUCAGUGCAUGCCUGGCAGGACCAUGGUUAUUUAGCAACCUACACGAACAAAGAUGGCAGCUUUGCCAAUUUGAGGAUUUAUCCCCAUGGAUUGGUGUUGCUGGACCUUCAGAGCUAUGACAGUGAUGUGCAAGGCAAACAAGAAACUGACAGCCUUUUGAACAAAAUAGAAGGAAAAAUGAAAGAACUGAGUCAGGACAGUACUGGGCGGGUGAAGCGUUUACCACCCAUAGUUCGAGGAGGGGCCAUCGACAGAUAUUGGCCUACUGCUGAUGGGCGCCUGGUUGAGUACGACAUAGAUAAAGUGGUGUAUGAUGAAGAUUCACCAUAUCAGAACAUUAAAAUUCUACACUCAAAGCAGUUUGGAAAUAUUCUCAUCCUCAGUGGUGACGUUAAUUUGGCAGAGAGUGAUUUGGCGUAUACCCAAGCCAUCAUGGGCAGCGGUAAAGAAGAUUAUUCUGGCAAAGAUGUACUGAUUCUGGGAGGUGGAGAUGGUGGCAUAUUAUGUGAAAUUGUCAAACUGAAACCAAAGAUGGUCACCAUGGUAGAGAUUGACCAAAUGGUAAUUGACAGUUGUAAGAAAUACAUGCGAAGAACAUGUGGAGAUGUCUUAGACAGUCUUAAAGGAGACUGCUAUCAGGUUCUCAUAGAAGACUGUAUUCCAGUACUGAAGAGGUAUGCCAAAGAAGGGAGAGAGUUUGAUUAUGUGAUUAAUGAUUUGACCGCAGUCCCAAUCUCUACAUCUCCAGAAGAAGAUUCUACAUGGAAGUUUCUCAGACUGAUUCUUGACCUGUCCAUGAAAGUUCUGAAACAGGAUGGGAAAUACUUUACACAGGGGAAUUGUGUCAAUUUGACUGAAGCCCUGUCACUCUAUGAAGAACAGCUAGGGCGCCUGUAUUGUCCUGUCGAGUUCUCAAAAGAGGUGGUCUGUGUCCCUUCGUACUUGGAACUGUGGGUAUUUUACACUGUUUGGAAGAAAGCUCAGCCUUAAAGAUGAGCAUCCCCUGAAUGUCGUGUGCUGCAAGCUGUCUUCCUGACUUCCAUAUGCCCUGUAUACCAUCAGCCGAGUCAGGCAACUGGUCACAAAUUCCUUCCAGUGUUUUUUUAAUUAUUAUUUUUAAUUUAAAAAAGCCAAUGGGAAAAAUGUAUUUUAAUGAGCUAGGGUGUUAAUUUUUGAAAGUCAGCUGAAGGACAAUUAGACAGCCAAAAAAGACUGCAUAUUGCACUGACCCUCUAGAAUGUGACUUUAGUGUCUUUUUUUUCCCUCUGUGUGGGGUUUGGAUUUUAGUAGAUUUUAAUUUGGACAUGUGGAGGAGUGAACAUCUUUGUUUUAUUCUGAAGAGAAGUUCCUGAUAGUGUCCCCCCCACUUCCCAAAGUGACUUAGAUAUUAAAAUUUAGUGCUUUAAAAAGACUUAAGUGAUUAGCAGUGUUUCAAUUAAAAUUACAAGAGAAAAAAAAAAAAGAUAUGUCUUGGUUAAUCUAAACCUCUUCCAGCCAGCUCAGCUGGUCUGGUCUGCUCUGAGAAUCCUCUUUUGUAGCUUGGCUUGUUUCCUCUGAGGGUGACUCUCAGCUUUUAUUAUUUACUCUGUGAAGGAGGAGACUGGUGAAUCUGGUCUGUUUCAGGGACGCUAUACCUUCCUGCUCAAGGAGUGUCCCUGCAGGAUGAACUGUUUCAAUCUUGGAGAAAACCUACCACAAGACUAGCUAACCUUUCCCCCUGUAUUGUACAUAAUAAACAGGCUUAGGAUUGCUUGGUAGUUGGUGCCAUUCCAUCAGAGGAUGCACAGCCCACCUCACCCCCUCCUUUUGGUAUGAAUGUAUAUCCUCUGUUCAUUCCCUUGUGACCCCAUGGAUAAACUUGAGCUCUGCCCCCGCCCCGAGACAGGGUUUCUCUGUAGUGUAGUUUUGGGGCCUCUCCUG